AUGGGUGUUACUAUUUACCCGACUGCAGCUGGAGACCACGAGCCUACCGCUGAGCAAAACAAUAGGACACUGAAAGAAAGAGUCAGAGUAGCUCUUGCACGAUUACCCUACAAAGUGGUCCCAAAAGUGAUCACUGAAUGUCUUGGACAUCCAGCCGCCGAGCUAUUGAAUGUCUUUCCCCAGAAAGACAGUAUCUCAUCACAUUUCAGUCCGCAGCAGCUCAUUGAUAAUGUCAAUAUCAACUACAAGAGUGACAUGGUUGCUGAACUUGGACAAUAUGUUCAUGCAAUUGGGACACAUUCCAGCAAUUCGAUGGAACAUAUUUUGGACACCUUGUCCGACACGCUCAGGAACACAGAAGAGACCCUCCGUAUACUACCACUUUCAGACAGGACGUAA